GGAGCCAUAUCCAAAAACAAUCCUGAGUUACAUAUAGUUUCUAGUAGGUAUUUGUUAACUCUUCUUCAUUUAAACCCUAUUUCAUUACUUUUUACGGGGGAGCUGGAUUCCCAACGUCUCGAUCCUACGUCAUCACAUGACGCCCCCCAGAAAGAAUUCUAAGGGACUGGAUAUCGGAGUAUUUGGACGGACAUAAACUCAUUAAGGAUAGUCAUCAUGGCUUCGUGCUUGAUAGGUCGUGCCUCACCAAUCUUAUAGAGGCUUCUGAGGAAGUUACCAGGAAAGCGGAUGAAGGAAAAGCAGCGGAUGUUGCCUACGUGGACUUUAGCAAGACAUUAGACAAGGUCCCAAAUGGGAGGCUGGUCAAAAAGGUUCAGCCGGUGGGCAUUCAAGAAGAGGCAGUAAAUUGGAUUAACAUUGGAUUUGUGGGAGAAGUCAGAGAGUGGUAGUGGAGGAUUGCUUCUCUGAGUGGAGGCCUGUGACUAGUGGAGUGCCACAGGGAUCGGUGCUGGGUCCAUUGUUGUUUGUCGCCUGUAUAGAUGAUCUGGAUGAUAACGUGGUUAACGGGAUCAGCAAAAUUGCGGAUGACACCGAGACUGGGGGUGUAGUGGACAGCGAGGAAGACUAUCGUGGCCUGCAGAGGGGUCUUGGGCAAGCUGGAAAAAUGUCGAAUGGAAUCCAAUGCAGACAGGGGCAAGCUUUUGCACUUCAAAAAGACAAACCAGGGUCGGUCUUGCACAGUGAACAGGAGGGCACGGAAGAAUGUGGCAGGACAAAGGGAACACAGGUCCACAAUUCAUUGAAAGUGGCGUCACAGGUGGAUAGGGUCGUAAAGAAAGCUUUUGGCCCACUGGCCUUUGUAAAUCAGAAUACUGAGGACAGGAGAUGGGAUGUUAUGUUGAAGUUGUACAAGACGUUGGUGAGGCCUAAUUUGGAGUGUUGAGUGCAGUUUUGGUCACCGACCUACAGGAGAGAUGAGAAUAAGGUUGAACGAAUACAGGGAAAAUUUACAAGGAUGUUGCCGGGUCUGGGGGACCCGAGUUAUAAGGAAAGGUUGAAGGGAUUAGGACUUUAUUCCUGGGGAUAUAGAAGAUACAGAAUUCUGAGCGGUACGGAGAGGGUGAGUGCAAACAGGCUUUUUCCACUGAGGUUGGGUGGGCCGACAACCAGAGGUCGUGGGUUAAGGGUGAAAGAUGAAAAGUUUAAGGGAAACAUGAGGAGAAACUUCUUCACUCAGAGGGUACUGAGGGCUAUGGCACAGGUCGAUGCGAGUAGGUAGUUUAAUUGGUUUUGGGACAGUCUAGAUGGGCUGAAAGGACUAUUUCCGACUCUAUGACUCAUAAUACAAACUGUGGAUAACAGAAAGAUAAAUACAAAAUGGUUAUAUUAAAUACAUAGUCCAAAGCAAGUCAUGAGGUGGUGUUCAUGGGUUCAAUGUCCGUGCAGAAAUCCGAUGGCAGAGGGGAAGAAGCUGUUCCUGAAUCGCUGAGUGUGUGUCUUCAGGCUCCUGUACCUCCUUCCUGAUGGCAGAGGGGAAGAGGCUGUUCCUGAAUCGCUGAGUGUGUGUCUUCAAGCUCCUGUACCUCCUCCCUGAUGGCAGAGGGAAAGAAGCUGUUCCUGAAUCGUUGCGUGUGUGUCUUCAGGCUCCUGUACCUCCACCCUGAUGGCAGAGGGGAAGAAGCUGUUCUUGAAUCGUUGAGUGUGUGUCUUCAGGCUCCUGUACCUCCUCCCUGACGGUAACAGUGAGAAGUGGGCAGUCACAGAGUACAGCUCAGAAACAGGCCUUUUGGCCCAUCUAGUCCAUGCCAAAACCAUUUAAACUGUGUAAUCCCAUCAGCCUGAAGUGGGACCAUUGCCCUCCAGACCCCUACUACCAAACUUCUCUCAAACAUCGAAAUGCCCUCGCGCUGGGCAGCUUGUCCCACACUCUCUCCACCCUCUGAGUGAAGAAGUUUCCCCCCAUGUUCCUCUUGAGCUUCUCACCUUUCACCCUUAACCCAUGACCUCUGUUUGCAGUCUCACCCAGCCUCAGUGGGGAGAAAGCCUGCUUGCAUUAACCCUAACCAUACCCCUCGUAAUUUUGUACACCUCUAUCAAAUCUCCUGGGUUGUGGGGGUCCUCAAUGACGGAUGCCGCCUUUUUGAGGCACCGCUCCCUGAAGACGUCCUGGACACUACGGAGACUGGUGCCUGUGAGGGAGCCGACUGAGUUUACAAACUCUCGGCAGAGAGACCCCCACCCCCACCGGUCAGAACACUCUCUACCCAUAAACCUGUAGAUAUUUGCCAGUGUCUUUGGUGAGAGGUUCAGCGUCGCUGGAUUCUAAUUCCGAGACUCCCUCCUUACCAGGAAUGCACAGUUCGAGCAAGAAUCACAGGGGGCUUUCCGAUAUCCUGUUAAGUUAAUAAAUUACAUUAAUAACAUGUCAGGGCAAUUAAUAACAUUCAGCCCGCCGGUAAGCAUUAGGAAAGGGGAGAGCUGUGGCUUCCUGCGGUGAGUUAAAGAGGCCGCCGUUGCCCCCGCCUCCUUUCCACCUGGGCAAGUUCCCCGACCUCGGGAUAAAACGGCGCUCCCAGCCGGAGACGGAUCCCGCUUGAGCUCGACGGUGUGGAGCUGGCGGACGAUGAGGACAACGGCGGCGAAGGCUGCAGGACCAAAGAGGUUCCCCGGCCGUCCUGCACCGGACCCUGACCCAAGAUCUGCCCCCGCCGCCGUGUUUGUGUACCAAAGCCACACACAGGCGUUCUGCAUUAACUAUCACACCCGACUACCACCAGCACUCGCGGUAACAAGAAUCCACACUCAGCAGCCUCCUACAGCCGCCACAUGCGGCCCGCUGGACCAAUAGCGAACCGGGAUGGCACCCUGACUUCCGCCCCGAGCCGGUGCCGCCCAGUCCCGGAGUCGGUUUUCGGGCCCGUUUAUCACCGACGGCGUGGACCAGCCGGUGAGAUACAUUGUGGCACCGCGUUCCAUGGAAUGAGAUACAUUGUUGCGCCGCGUUCCAUGGAAUGAGAUACAUUGUUGCACCGCGUUCCAUGGAAUGAGAUACAUUGCCACGUCACGUUCCCUGGAAUGAGAUACAUUGUCACGUCACGUUCCGCCCGCUGAGAUACAUUGUGACGCCGCGUUCCGCCCGCUGAGGCCGGCCUCCCAGCCGGAUGCCUCGGAGCCGAGCGCGAUGGACCCGGACAUCAGCGUGGAGCUGCAGAUCCCCUCGCCGGCGGAGCUGACCCCGGAGCGCGUGAGGGCCGAGCUCUCCCCCGCCUACAACCGCCGGCCCCUCCCCGGCCUCGAGGCGAGCAUCGCGGAGGCCUGGGCGGAGCGGCGGCGCCACCAGCCCUGGCUCUUCGACGGCGCCAAGUUCCGCUUCCACUCGGCCGAGCUGCGGGCCGGGCGGCUGCUGCUGCGGUUGGGCCUCACCUCCUACCGGGACUACCUGGGCACGAACUGGUCGCCGCAGGCCCCGGCGCUGCGCCGGCAGGGCCUGGCGGACUGGGGCGACUCCCAGGCCUACCUGGCCGAGCCCCUGGGCGUCGGGGCCGUGCUCCGCACCGCCGACGGUUGCUUCGUCUUCCUCAGGAGGAGCGACCGGGUGGCUGAAGCGCCGGGCAAGCUGGACAUCCCGGGCGGGCACCCCGAGCCCAAGGCCGCCGCGGGCGACGUUCCGGAGGAGUCGAUCCAGCUGGAGCACCUGUCGGCCGAGCUGGUCAUCCGGGAGCUCUUCGCCUCCGUUUUGGGAGAGAUUCGCGACGAGGUUAAUCUCCCCUUGGACAGUUUAAGCCGGCCCGUGCUGCUGGGAAUUGUGCGGAACAACAGGAGCGCCGGGAGAGCCAGCGCAGAGUUCUAUGUCAGGUGCAAGCUGACCUCGGAGGAGGUGAGGCGGCGUUAUCUGAUUGGCGGCCCGGAGGCUCACGAAUCGACCGACAUCAUCUUCAUCAGCCAACAGGGUGUCCUGGCGCUCGAGGGGGACGUGAGCAGGUGGCAGGAGCUGUGUCCGUCGGCCAAGGGAGGCGUCAGACUCUACGCGCUCGCCCACACGAAGCUCGGCUGAAUGAGGACGCUGGGGGUGGCUGAAGUCCGUGGGGGGCUUCUCUGGGGUAGAUCUCUGACGUGCCCGUGCCACGGUCUUUCUGAACUGGUCACCAACCACCCCCUGCCACUGGAUCUAGAGGGGUGACGGAGCUGUUGGCGAAUGGGUGGAGUGAGGGUUUACUGAUGGAGAAGAGGCAUUUCUGCCGGGUUUGGUAUUGGGUUUUAAAUAAGAACACUUUUUCAUCGCGCCUCGAGCGGACGGGUGUUGUUUGCAUUUUGCAUCGAGCCCUGCAGCCGCCGUCCUGAGCCGGCGGGCAUGCAGUCUCCUCUGGGUGAGUCACAGGGUGCCGGAGCAGGCCCAUCGGCCCAUCGAGUCCCUGCUGGCCGUCGUCUACCUAUCCCCUUUUCCAGCCCUCUGUCUGGAACCACCUCAGUCCUGAUUCACAGGCUUGUACAGGUGCUGCAUAAAUGAUAUGUUCCAUCACUCAUGAUGUCAGGGAACAAGGCCAUUCGGCCCGUCGAGUCCAGCCCCGCUCUCAGAGAUUUCCCCCACCCCACACUCACAAGCUGAUUCUCUGUACCUUUCACAUCAAUUGUCACGUUUAAAGAUUAGAUUCGAUUCAUCAA